CCACCGCUUCCUUCGAAGCCAACCCGAUGGCAGCUCCGGUACAUAUCGUGUUCACCAGCGAAUGCAACAACACGCAGUUCGACUGGUUCGCAGUUGGCGUCUUCGAGUCCUUCCGAGCAUCCGGCUUCCACGGAAACAUAACCCGACUUCUCGCGUGCAGCGCCGAGGCGCUCGCGUCGUACAAGGGCAUGUCGAUCGGCGAAGGCGUCGGCCGCACCUUUGUCCACCCAAACUACCGCCACAACCCGCUCAACGGCGACGUCUCGGCCUCGUACAAUAAGCCAGCCUCGGUGAUGCACUGGUCUUCCGAGGCGGACUUCACCGAGGAGUUUGUCCUCUUCAUCGACGCCGACAUGCUCCUCCUCAAGCCAAUCGACCCCGUCGCGAUGGGCGCAAAGCGCGGCACCGUCGUCUCGGAGCGAGUCUCCUACAUGAUCGGCACGUCGAACAAGCUGGCCGCGCAGUUCCUCCCGCCAGAGGCCGUGCCCAAGGCCAAGCCCGUGGGCUGGUAUCACAUCUUCCACCGCGACGACCUGCGCCAGAUUGCGCCGCGCUGGCUGCACUACUGCGGGCGCGUGCGCACCGAGCCGGGGCGGUACUGGCGCCUCAACGGGACGGGCGAAGACAUCCCGACGGGCGACGCAUAUGUGCAGCGCGGCCAGGCGCCGUGGAUCGCCGAGAUGUACGGCUACGCUUUCGGCGCCGCCGAGGUUGGGGUGGAGCACGAGGUCACGCGCGGCGUGGUGGCGUACCCGAGCGAGCUGAGCUUCGGCGAGCCUUACAUCGUGCACUACGGCAUCGACUUCAACAUCGGCUCCGACUACAACUGGAACAAGAUGCGCUUCAGGCGCGGCGCCGAGCUUGCGCCGCGCGAGGCGUGUCCGCCAGGCGCGCUCUCACGGCCGCGCGGGCUUCCCCUCCCCAGGCUGCGCUGA